CUCUCCCAAUAGUACUCCACUGUUUGUGCGCGACGCGGUUCUUCAGUGCGGAAGUGCAUCUCUUGUUUGUCUUGUGAUUUUUAAAGAUUUUCUCGCGAAUAAACUUGCGUUUUUACCGUAUUCAGUGCAGUGGAUUACUUUUAAUGCGUUUGUGACCCAGAAAUCGGCGAAUAUCGUGACCGGAGCCCGGAAUUUUAGCGAAGCCCUUGACACCACGUGGUCCACUUGAGAGCUGCACGAUUGGUUUGGUGCAUGUGUAACCGUUCCCCAGUUCUCCUGCAGAAGUUGCUAGUUCUACAAUCGAGCAAAGCAUCGAUAGGGGCAGCAGUUUUCUCGCAGAGAAAGCGACACUUGGCAUCGGAGGCCACAGCAGCAGCGAUGAAGUACAUUUUGGUAACCGGAGGCGUCAUCAGUGGCGUCGGCAAGGGCGUCAUCGCCAGCUCCUUCGGCACGCUGCUUAAUGCGUGCGGAAUCGGCGUCACAUCGAUUAAGAUCGAUCCGUACAUCAACAUCGACGCGGGGACGUUUUCACCGUACGAGCACGGUGAGGUCUACGUGCUGGACGAUGGCGGUGAGGUGGAUCUGGACCUGGGAAACUACGAGCGCUUCCUGGACGUAACGCUGCACCGUGAUAACAACAUCACCACAGGAAAGAUUUACAAGAUGGUCAUCGAAAAAGAACGCAUCGGCGAUUACCUCGGAAAAACCGUUCAGGUGGUUCCUCACAUCACGGACGCCAUCCAAGAGUGGGUGGAACGCGUGGCCAAAAAUCCAGUAAAGGACGGUAGUGUUCCGCAGGUUUGCGUCGUUGAACUGGGCGGAACCAUUGGGGACAUCGAGGGUAUGCCCUUUGUCGAAGCAUUCCGUCAGUUCCAGUUUCGUGUCAAGAGGGAAAACUUCUGCGUCGCUCACGUCUCACUGGUUCCAUCCCCGAGGGCUACCGGAGAGCCGAAAACUAAACCCACUCAGGCCAGCGUUCGGGAACUGCGCGGUUUGGGGUUGAGUCCCGAUCUGAUCGUGUGCCGCUCGGAGAAACCCAUCGGGAGCGAAGUGCAGGACAAAAUCAGUAACUUUUGCCACGUGGCCCCGGAUCAGGUGGUGUGCAUUCACGAUCUUUCGUCGAUCUACCAUGUCCCGCUGCUGAUGGAGGAAGCCGGAGUGAUUGAGUUUUUGAACGAGAGGCUAAAGCUGGAGAUUCCAUUGCCAAAACCGGCACGGCUCAUGCAAAGUUGGCGUGACUUGGCUGAAAGGGUUGAUAACGUCUACAAGAAAGUGUCCAUCGCUUUGGUAGGAAAGUACACAAAGUUGGAAGAUUCGUAUGCUUCGCUGUCUAAGGCCUUGCUACACGCUUCGCUUGCCGUCGGAUAUAAGCUGGACCUGAAGUUUAUCGAGGCAUGUCAUUUAGAAAGACAGACCAAGCAGGAAACUCCACAUCUCUACUAUGAAGCAUGGCAGUGUUUGACCAACAGCAAUGGAGUCAUUGUUCCCGGAGGAUUCGGUUGUCGUGGCGUGGAAGGGAAGAUCCGGGCCUGUCAGUGGAGUCGAGAGAACAAUAAGCCCUUCCUUGGCAUUUGUCUGGGCCUGCAAUGUGCGGUGAUAGAAUUCGCACGGAAUGUUUUGAAUCUUGCGGAUGCCAAUUCAACUGAAGUGGGUGAUUGUGAACACGAACUCGUCAUAGAUAUGCCAGAACAUAAUCCAGGAGAGAUGGGCGGCACGAUGCGAUUGGGAAAACGAACAACAUUGUUCAAAGAAGGAAAAAGCAUUAUAAAGCAACUGUACGGUAACGUAAAUCAGAUCGAAGAGCGACAUCGCCAUCGGUACGAAGUGAAUCCGAAGUACGUCGAGCAACUGGAAGCGAAGGGAAUGAAGUUCGUCGGUCACGAUUCGGAGCAGACGCGAAUGGAAAUUGUCGAGCUGGAAAAUCAUCCCUACUUCGUUGCGACACAGUUCCACCCGGAAUAUCUGUCCAGGCCACUGAAGCCAUCACCUCCCUUCUUGGGACUAAUCCUUGCCUCGGUAGGUAAAUUGGAGGCCUAUCUGGACCAGGGAAAUAAACUAUCCAGUUCAGCACAAGUGACCAGCGAAAGUUCCAGCGAUGACGAUGGCCAACUGUAUAAGGCCAAUCGAUUGCUGAAGAAAAUGACGGUCAGCGGAAAACCUUUGAAACAGAAACAAGCUACCCCGGAAGUGAAUGGCCAAUGCAACGGAAGUCAUUCGCCCGUUUGCAAUGGCCAAGCCGAGGACAAGUAAAUAUAUACUUCCCCAUUGCUACCCGAACCGAUGAUACAUUAAAGACAGCUUCACUAAAAGUGAUGAAAAUGGUACGAAUCUUCGCGGAAAACUUUUCAAUAGUGUCUGCUACUGCUUAUAAACGGUAAUUUGAAUUCUUUUACGCUGGGGAAGGGUUUUCCGCGAACAGAAAUGUACGACCGUGAUAAAUCAAAACUCCUCUUUCGGCUGAUCUUUGACCUUAGGCUUAGUGCGCCAUAUUCGAAGCUGUAAAAAUGCAUUACCGCGGAUCAAAGCCAUUUGAAGAUGACUUAAACAGCGCCAGUUGAAAUUGUAAUGUUUAUAUGUUAAUAAACAAAGAUUACCCUGUAAUCAAUGGA